AUGAUGGAUUUGAACUGCCCUCUCGUCCUGCGGCAAACGCGCGUGGGAUUCGGGUCGCGCGCAGCACGCAUUCUGAUCUGCUUUCUGCUGGCUGCUUGCCACGUGGCAACCCUCGUUACAACCACUCAAGCAGGUAGUCACACUCCUGGACUUAGACCCGUAUCCAUGCGGCUUUUUCCCCUUGUUCUGUGCGAGGUGACUGUUGGAUCGACUCAAAAGUCGUGGCCCUUUGGCCCGUCUGCUUGCGUUUCUUCCGCUUUUCCUGUGCCCUCCAUUGAUGGGCUGGGAAUAAGCCCACCCCCUCUUUUCCCCUCCGCACCCCCUCUUUUUCCCUCCCCAUCCCCUCUCCUCCCCGUCCCAUCCCCUCUCCUCCCCUCCCCACCUCCUCUCAUCUCCUCCCCACCCCCUCUCUUCCCCUCCUCACUCUCUCACUUCCCUUCCCCACCCCCUCACUUCCCCUCCCCAACCCCUCACUUCCCCUCCCCACCCCCUCUCUUCCAAGCAUCAGAUGUGGGGGACAACACAGGGCCGCUGCUGGGCCGAGUGGGUCAGCUGCAGCAGCAGCUGCACCACCAACUGUUGCCCUCCUCCUCCCACGCCUCCAUCCAGCCACUACCUUCCAACCCACACGGCCCAAACUACGUCCUCCUCCCUGAGGGCUUGGAUCAGCUGGUUCUCUCUGAGGGCUCGGAUCAGCUAGGGGGUUUGGCGUCAGGCGGAUUGGGAGCUUUUGAGUCGACUCAAAAGCCAUCUCAAGGCUCGGAAACGCUGGUUCUCUCUCAGGGCUCGGAUCAGCGAGUUCUCUCUGACGGCUCGAAUAAGCUAGGGCGCUUGGUGGCUGGCGGAUUGGGAGGUGGUGGCGGGGGGAGGGGGAGAGAAGAGGAGCGGGGUGCAGCAGGGAUGGACCAUGGGGGGAAUGUGCCGGAGGGGGUUGUGCCUGAUGCGUUGGAUAACCGCAUUCCCAUGUCUAUUCGAAUGAGUCCAGAGCGCCUACAGCUGCCCCUGGAGGCGCUUCCUCAGGCCAUCGACAGCAGCGGGCAGAAGAAUGUGAUGCUGGCGUACCGAGAGCGGUUUGACAAGUUCGGCGAUCUGAUUCGCUGCCAUGGCCCUCCCUGUCCUGCCUUCGCCCCCUGCGGCUCUGCCUACCCCAACGUGCACGCGUGUUGGAACCCCCUCCUCGACGCGCCUCUGCUGCUGCCCGCCCGCGCGCCCCUCAACUGCCCCAAGACCUUCCCCCUCAAGAAGCCGCGGUUUGCAUGGCAGAACAAUGACAAGACGUGCUCUCACGCGAGGGACUUCAACCCCCGAGAGCCUUCUGCCAUGCAGGUGUUUCGCUUGCAUGACGUCAUGGUGACCCACAAGGGCUUUGUCUUCAACGCCACCCACCGAUAUGUGCAUCAGGGCUGCAAGCGAUUCAACCCGUUCUCCUAUCCACAAGGCCAGAAGGUGCAUCGCAUGAAGCUGGCCUUUAACUGGGGCUAUACGCAGGGCAACAACUUCUACCACUUUCUUGUCGAGGCCAUUCCUUCCUUCUUUGUCGCCGCUGCAGCACUGCCCAACCUCAGAGAUAUCCCCAUAAUAGCCGAGCGAUUUCAGUGGGACUUUUACGACGGCAUAGGGCGCAUCUUCAUAGGGGUGAAUCGAACGGACAUGAGGGCCUUGCCAGCAGCCGAUGCGGACCUCUUCCACGUUGACACGCUCUAUGUGCCCAUGCUGCAGGAGUGCGGCGCGCCCAACAAGGCCCUCUGGAUGGAGCUAAGGCGGCACCAUCUGCUGCACCCACAGGGCCUGCCUCUCUUCCGCCCCGACUUCUCCUACCACUACCGCCCAGCGCUCUCCUACCAGCAACUCACCCACCUUCCCCCCGACUGGGUGGUCGUGCUGGCACAGCGGCCCUCAGGGAAGCGCUCCUUCACCAACUCAGAGGAGGUUAAAGAAGCGGUUCUGGCCGCGUUUCCUCCGGAAAGAGUGGUUGUGUUCGAUGGGUCGCUGCAGCUCAUGCAAG